AUGGCCAAAGGAGAAGGCGCAGAAAGUGUUUCAUCGGCUGGACUCUUACAGCAAAGUAUUCUAAAGCAAGAGGAGUUAAUGCGUCCUAAGAGAGAGAGCAAAGGAAAACUAUCAAUAUGCAGUAAACUGUGUUAUGCCAUCGGUGGAGCCCCUUACCAGAUCACAGGCUGUGCCUUGGGCUUUUUCCUGCAGAUCUACUUGCUUGAUGUGGCACAACUGGACCCUUUCUAUGCCUCCAUCAUCCUCUUUGUGGGUCGCGCAUGGGAUGCCGUCACGGAUCCGUUGGUCGGCUUCUUCAUCAGUAAAACCUCAUGGAGUCGCUUUGGACGCCUGAUGCCCUGGAUUAUGUUUUCCACUCCUUUUGCUGUGAUCUCCUACUUCUUAAUAUGGUUUGUGCCGGACAUCUCUCGGGGGCAGAUGAUGUGGUACCUUUUCUUCUAUUGCAUUUUCCAGACCCUUGUAACGUGCUUCCACGUGCCGUACUCAGCCCUCACCAUGUUCAUUAGCAGCGAGCAAAGUGAGCGUGACUCCGCCACUGCCUAUCGUAUGACGGUGGAAGUACUCGGUACCGUUCUGGGAACAGCCAUCCAAGGCCAAAUAGUGGGCAAAGUUGACACACCGUGCAUCCUAGACCCACUGCUGUUGAGCAUGGCCAACUCUUCAUCAGUGGUCAUGGAGGAGGUGAACGUCACCCAUGAAACAGGCUCACUCACAGAUACGAGAAAUGCCUACAUGAUUGCUGCUGGCAUCAUUGGUGGGAUUUACAUUCUUUGUGCCAUUGUCCUGUCUGUCGGCGUGCGGGAAAAACGAGCAUCCAUUGAGCUCCAGUCGGACGAGCCUGUUUCGUUCUUCCAAGGCUUGAAGCUGGUGAUGAACCACGGCCCCUACAUCAAGUUGAUUGCUGGCUUCCUUUUUACAUCACUGGCUUUCAUGCUUCUGGAAGGCAACUUUGCUUUGUUCUGUACAUACACUUUGGGCUUCCGCAAUGAAUUCCAGAACAUUCUCCUGGCCAUCAUGCUCUCUGCCACUCUGACCAUCCCCUUCUGGCAGUGGUUUCUUACUCGCUUUGGAAAGAAAACAGCGGUCUAUAUUGGAAUCUCAUCAGCCACACCAUUCCUUAUCUUGGUUGCACUCAUGAAAAGUAACCUUGCUGUUACCUACAUUGUGGCUGUCGCAGCUGGGAUCAGUGUGGCUGCCGCCUUCCUUUUGCCAUGGUCCAUGUUGCCAGAUGUCAUAGAUGACUUCAAGCUUCAGCAUCCAGAUUCCGCUGGGCAUGAAGCGAUUUUCUUCUCCUUUUAUGUCUUCUUCACCAAGUUUGCCUCUGGAGUGUCUCUUGGGAUCUCCACCCUCAGUUUAGACUUUGCUGGAUACAAGACCCGGGGUUGCAGCCAGCCAGAGAGGGUGAAUUUGACCCUGAAGCUGCUCGUCUCAGCUGCCCCUGUGGCGUUGAUCAUUCUUGGCCUUCUUCUCUUCAAGUUGUACCCCAUUGAUGAGGAGAGACGAAGGAAAAACAAGAAGGCCCUGCAGGAUUUAAGAGAGGAAGAGAGCAGUAACAGCAGCUCUGAGUCGGACUCCACAGAGCUAGCCAGCAUCGUUUGACCCCGGCUUUCCUUCAUUUCACUUGUUUACACACUGGGGGACCUUUAGGCAGGAGCAGCCUCUGUCACACAGGAGCGAUGCUGACUUACUCCCAUAGAAGGGAGUGCUCUACAAUGUCCUUCCAGAAUGUCCUGGAGAAACAGCCAAACACUGGCCUACAUAUGGGAUUUUCACUGAACACUGGGUCGUAUGUGUGUACAAUGCAGGACAGUAUUCAGUGCUGCGGUAAAGGUACCUCUUGAAUAGAAUAAGCACCGAUGCCAAGCGGAUUUUACUUUGCACAUGACAUGGGUCUUUUGAGCGGUGAUGUUCCGGGGGUGUUGCCGCACCUUGCCAGCCCCACUAAUCCACCUGAUACCAUUGGCACUGAGUACAGCGCAAGUCUCUGUGGUACCAUUAACUUUUUAUUAUUAUUAUUAUUAUUAUUUGUAUUGUGGACUCAUAUGGUGCUGCUUAGUGUAUAUUACACUAUGGCAUGACCUUGCCAAACUGAACCUCUUACUGGUUUGUAAAUCAAAUGUGACUAAUGUAGAAAUACCCUGUGUUUUGCUGGUUUUUUUAUGUGUGUGUAUAUACAGAAAGAGCCUAAUUAAAAUAACUUAAUUUUGUUGUAAAUACAAAUGUUUUUUCUCCUAUUUGUAUAUGUCUGUACAGCAAGAUGACUGGAACUAUUAAUAUAGUUAUAAUUAAAAUGCAAA